AUGGGAUAUCAGGAAGCGCUAUCAUGUCUUGACGAUGACAUACUGCUAGAAUUGGCUGUCCAACUGCGUGAACGCUGGGAGGAUGUGUUUCGCAACGGAUUGACAGUCGCUGAGAAAAGUUCGUCUGAUGCAUCAAGCUGUCUUCCCAUGGAACAGAUCCAGUAUUGCCGUUAUUUGGCCCCAAGGGAACCAGUAAUACAGGCUUUUCACGCAUUGGCCCGAUGGCGAUGGUUUUGUUGGUAUGUCGGCUGCACGGAUCGUAAAGCUCUCAAUGCACUGGUGUCCGCAUGCAGAAGUGCUGGGGUUCGCUUGAGUGACAAACUAGAACAAUUGAAUCUUAUAUCUGCUUCAUUAGAUUAUGUGUAG